AUGUGGCACAAGCACCAGGCCGACCAAGCUUUCGGCUCGGACUUGGAGAAUUUCUAUGAGAAGGUCUUGCGGCCUAUCGAACGCGGAUCAGUCACGCGGCUGCUCAACGCUGCUCGUUUUCAUCAUACGGUUGUACUUGCUGGUUUUAAUGAUUGUAGAACGACUGGGCAAUGGCAAUGCGCAAGCCAAGCGGGUGUCAACGGCUUCAACGGCAAUGGAACCAUCGGGAAACUUCUGAUGGACAUCCCAUCGGCACGGUGCGAAGUAUUAAAAUUAAUACCCUUCUGCCACCGUCACAUUCUCAUUCAUCUUCCUAUUUCUCAGCCACCCAUCGACCCCCUCCCAUUCGGAGCUUCAUCCGUCCCCUUGACAUUAAUUUCACCCCAAUCCAUCGUAUCAAUAUCAAUUGUGGUCUCAAAUGCACUCCAAUAG